AUGCGAUCCUUUUUUAAUAAGCCCGCCUGGGCAACCAAAACCGACGACUCGGGCACCGAAUUCUACCGCCGAUCUGGACAAACCUACUCCGACAUUGUCGCGGCCAACCGUGAGGCGCACAGAAAGCAGAAGCUCGCCGCUCAGUUCGCUGAAACUGCCUCUUCUCCGGCCCCCGAAGAGAGUCGAAAGACCAAGCGACCACGAAAGUCAGAUGAGCAUGAGGAGAAACCAGAGGGGGAGGAGGAGAAUCCCGAAACUACAAGCUCACCAAAGCCGGACGACGAAAGUGAGGCUGAAGAACAAUCCAGGCGGUCUAUUUCAACGCCUGGCGAGAAAGGCAUUCUAUCUGGGAGUCCGGAACGAAAUGAUGAUGAUGAACCCCAGCCCACGACCAUUCCAAGUCCUGUUCAUGUUGACUCUACGGAGAGUCAAUCCACGGACCACUCAAAUAUCCCCUCUACACACCAAAACCCGGACGACGGCCUGCAAAGAACCCGGCAUAUAAUAGACUUGGACUCAGAGGAUACAAGCCGUGAUACUCCCUCGAAGCAUUUAGCUAGAGGGACCAAUUUCCCACCUGCACAACCGUCGCCCACUCCCGCUCCUGCUCCUCCACCACCACCUCCUGUGGAAGACCAAAGAGUGCAUAUCCUUAUAACAUCUGAAAUCCCAAACACCAAGCCAUUGAUCAUCCAGCGCAAGAUAUCCCAGGCCCUGAAAGACGCCCGCCUAGCAUGGUGUGAGCGACAAGGCUUCACCGAACAAGAAACGUCAACCAUCCAGCUUUUUUGGAACGGCGUCCGGGUCUUUGACGUGUCAACCUGUAGAAGAUUCGACAUCAAGUCAGACAAGAAGAAAUUCUUAAAUAUAGAAGACGAUCCCGAUGCGGAACAAACUGAGCUUAAAAUCCACAUGGAGGCAGUCAGCACUGAUCCACUCAUGAUGAAUCGUCGUGGUCCUUCUUCUCCAGAUAUCGGCGGUGGUUCUCCCGCUCCUCCAAACCCGGACGAUGAACCGGGUAAUGAGCCGAUGAAGUUGCUUUUGAAAAGUCCCGGGCUGAGUGACUUCAAGAUUAAAGCCAGACCUAAGACAUUGGUGUCGAAGGUGAUAGCGGCUUUUCGAGACAAGCAGAACAUACCGGUUGAGAAAACUCUGCAUCUUGUCUUUGAUGGUGAUAUACUUGAGCCUGAUUCUUCUCUGGGUGAAAACGAUAUCGCCGACCUCGACAUGCUGGAAGUGUUGAUUAAGUGA